GCUGCCUUACACCAGUCCCGCCAAGAGUAUGACUUUAUGCAGCAAGCUGGUCCACGAUACGAGAGGGGUGGCGGAUCUGGAUCUGCUUCUGGAUCUAGAAGUGGUGGUGUUGGAGCCAGUGGUGGACUACAGCCUUCGAUGUUCAGAAGGAGCCAGUCACAAGUCCCUGAGAGGGUUAGGGACUACCACCUAGGUUUGAACAGUGCUCCACGGCAGCAAAGGAUUGAUACCGGCCCAUGGACUGUCAAGGGGAGGACAUCAAGAGAGCUUCUAGGGAGGGCAUGGGCGAAGGCGUGCCAUGCUGUCGGUAUUCCCGGCCGGAAAGUUGAUGACCCAUACUUAAAAGCUGCGAUCGUGGAGACCCAGAAACAAGGUGUUGGAAUCAAAAUACCAUCAGGGAGGGAGAUAGAUGGAAAAUAUUUGGAUGAGAAUGUGAAGGAGAUAGAGAAGUGGAAGAAAGAGUGGGAUGAAUGUGGAGUCACCAUCAUGUGUGAUUCAUGGACGGGGCCUAUGCGUAACUCGGUCAUUAAUUUCUUGGUGUAUAGCGGUGGCACCAUGUAUUUCUUGAAGUCCAUCAAUGCGUCUGACAAAAUACAGGACCAUCAAUACUUGUUGAAGGAGAUCAGAGUAGUGGUCAUGAAAGUGGAGCCUCACAAUGUGGUUCAGCUUGUCACGGACAAUGGUUCGAACUACAAAAAAACCUGCAAAAUUCUCUGUCACGAGUUCCCUAACAUUGCAUGGCAGCCUUGCCUUGCCCAUACCAUCAACCUUAUGCUGAAGGACAUAGGGAAGUGCCCGGAGCAUGAUGCUUGUAUUCGAAGCGCGCAACGAAUUUGCAGCUGGCUCUACAACUCCAACAGUCUACACAACAUGAUGAGGGAAGCCAUUGGUGGGGAGUUGGUAAAGUGGAAUGUAACAAGAUUUGGGACCAACUACACGUUCCUUGAAAGCAUGUACAAGAAGAAGGACCAGUUCAUGACAUGGUUAGUGUCACCUGAGUUCCGACGGUCUCGCCACUUCAGUAGUGCAACUGGAAGGUACGCUUACGAAUGCAUGACAAGUAUUGAAUGGUGGGCGAAUAUGGAGUUGGUGAUCAAUGAUGUUGAGCCUCUGUACAUGUUUCUGAGAUUUGCUGACUCCGACAAAACACCUAAUUUGAGUGAGGUGACAAUGGAGUAUCAAAGCAUGAGGCAGACAUAUGCCAGCAAGUUCAGCAGUGACUGCCCCCAGUUUAAAAGGAUCAUGGUUGUGAUAGAUGCAAGGAUGAGCACAGUGAUGUCAGGCACCUAUAUGCCCACUGCUUGUGCUCUUAACCCUUACAUGCAGUAUAGUUUGGGGACAUCACAGACAGUCAUGGCAGUAAUGCGCAAUGGUCUGGAGAAAAUGUUGAAUACCAAUUCUGCAGCAAUUGCAUUGCAUGAAUUUGAAACAUUCAGGACGAAGCAAGGUGAGUUCUCUAGUGACAUUGCUACCUACCAUAUGGAGCUCCACAGUUGCAAUAUCAUCCACCUACGUACGUGUAUUUGCCACCAACAGACGAGCCGUAUGAGGGACCACCGGGAGAGAGAUAUGAGGACUGAAGAAUGCAGAGAAUAUGCUACAUGGACUUAGUAUGGACUAUGUCUUUGCCUCUGUUGUAUCUUUGGAUUGUAAUAAUU